AAAAAUGUCCACCGGUCGCCGUUUGGCCAAGCGCUCCAUCAUUGGCACCAAGGUGUGCGCCAAGGGUCCCGACGGCCUCUGGUACUCGGGCACCAUUUCGGACGUGAAAACGCCGCCCUCGUACUUGGGACCGCUCUCGCCGCCGCCGCCGCCGCCCACUUUUUUGGCGCCCGGCGAGGCGCAAUUGAAUGCCGAUACGCGUUACUUGGUUCGCUUCGAUUUCAAGACCGCCGUCGAUUCGCCAGUCGCGUCCACGUCCUCGUCCACUUCCUCUUCCUCGUCCUCGUCCAUGUCCUCCUCCACCUCCUCCUCCUCCUCCUCGGAUACGUCGGAUUCGCCGCGUCGCGUGACCACCAGCGUACACAUCAGUCCCGCUCAGGCACUCCGCCGCAGCGCCAUGGUUAAGGAGUUCCGCGAGUCGGACCUCAUUGGUCCCGGCUUUCGAUCCAUCAUGGACACCGAACUGCAGCCCGGCCAGCGGGUCUACUUCACCUACAACGGACGCGAGCAGAGCGGCGAUGUCGUCGAGCACGACUCCACCAAGGACGAGGUGAUUGUCAAGAUCACAACCGUUGGAAAUGAGGAACCCAUUGAGCUGAAGAAGCGCCUGGAGGAAGUGCGUCUGCUGGAAUCGCGACGCUCCGCCCGCCUGGCUGACCAGGAUCGCGACACGGACUUCGCCAGACUCGCCGACAUGAGUGGCGAACGCCGCCGAAACACCACACACAGUAUUGAGGUGCCAUCGCAGCUGGCGGCGCAGCACAAUCCUCGGAAACGUCCGCCCAGCGAUCACCAGGACUACAGCAGCGAUCCCAACAAGGACGAGGAAACAUGCCGUGCCGCUGAGAUUCUCUCAUCGAUGAAGUUGCAGAGCCCGCAUGGCGCCAUGGCCGACAAGUGCUCGAGUCCCGGCAGCAGCUCGUCGGCCUCCUGGAGUUCCGGAUCCGCUUCGCCGCCUCUGAGCGACGACGGCCACGCCCACCACAGCCCACACAACAUAAUGUCGCCACACGAUGCGGCUAACGCACGCAUACGCACAACAUCGGUGUCCACAUCCGACGAGGGCAUUGUCAUCGACUUCAAGGAGGAGCGCAAGAAAAAGUCCAAAAAGUUCCGCUGCGUUUAUCCGGGCUGUCACUAUGUGGAACCCGAUCAGAACAAAAUCGUACGUCACAUCAGGAAAACACAUUUGGGGAAGAAGGCCCGUCGCUCCGCAGAUGAUGGCGAGAACGAGGAGGAGUUCUACUACACGGAUGUCGAGGAUGACGACGAGCAGGUGAAGCCCAGUUUGGCCUCCGAGCCGACACUGAGUCACCGGGACAUGGCGCGUCCGCCGCACGAGGAUCCUGAGUACCAGAAGCAGAUUGUGGGCAACUUCAAGCAAGGACGUGGCGGGAGCCACUACAACCACCUAGCGCAGCCGCACGGACGCACCAUCAGCGGCAGCAGCAUCCCGAGCACCCACCAGCAGCAGCUGCAGAACAACAACACCAGCUGCAUCCCCACGUCGCACCUGGUCCACCACAACUACACCUGGCCAGCGGCGGCGGCGUCGGCAGCGGUGGGCAGCAUCUCCGCCGCGGGGACGGGGCUAGUUUCGGCCAGCUCAUCCGCCUCGCCGCUCGGCAAGCACGCUCGCUCGUCGUCCACCCGUCCGUCCCACUCGGUAGCGCCAUAUCCAUCGCCGACCUACGUCCAGCAGCAGCAGCAGCAUCACAGCAACAGCAACAGCAGCAGCAACGGCCACCACAGCAACCACCAUACGCAUCACCACAAUUACGCCGGCAGCAGCGGUAACAGCAGCAGCAACAGCAGCAGCAGCAGUCCGGUGAUCCACAGCAAUAGCAGUGCCAACAACAUGUUGCAGCAGUUGUCGCAGCAGAACGUCACAGUAACGGCACAUCACAGCCAACAGCAGCAGCAGCAGCAGUUGCAGUCGCAACAUCACCAACAACAACAACAGCAACACCAGCAGCAGCAGCAGCAACACCUCCUGUCCAGUGUGACGAUCACGCCCAACUAUCAUCCGGCGCAGCAGCAACAUCACCAGCCGAUGCGUGGCCAUCAGCAGCAGCAACAUCAGCAACAUCCACAGACAACUGCCGGCAACUUGGUUGCCCACAACAACAACAACCACAGCAAUACGCUGCAGCAGCAACACAUGGCGCCACAGGCGGCCGUUAAGCAUACGCCCCAUUCGCCGGGGAAGAGAACGCGUGGCGAGAACAAGAAGUGCCGCAAGGUGUACGGCAUGGAGAAGCGCGACCAGUGGUGCACCCAGUGCCGGUGGAAGAAGGCGUGCAGCCGCUUCGGCGACUGAAAGCGACAGAAGUCGUCGACGGAGGCGGCAAACCAGGCGUCGGCGCAACAGUCCAAGGCAGCAGCAGCAGCAGCAGCAGCCGCUGCGGCAGCAACAUCAGCAACACCCAAUCCAACAGCAGCAGCAGCAACAACAACAGCCAGCACUCCUAAUCCUAAUCCAGCAGCAACAUCGUCCUCGAAGAUGACCACCACAGUGGUACGUUUGGCCGCCGAGGUGGCUGCCGGCAAGCAGUUGCCCUCCUCGCUGACCAUCAAAACGAACAAGCGGUACGGCGGGCAGGUGCAACAGCAGCAGCACAUGCAGCAGCAGCAGCAGCAGCAACCACAACCGUUUGCGGUGAGCGCCAACAGCAAUACGAUUAGCAAUCGACCGGUGCGCAUACGCAGUGUGGCCACCUCGGUGAUUGUGGCACCCAUCGCAACGACGACCACGCCCACCCAAACUGAGGGAGCUGAGCUGGUAAUGGACGAGGAUGAGGAGGAGCAGCAGGAGGAGCAGGAGCUGGAGGAACAGGAGGCUCUGGAGGAUCAGGAGGAUGCGCAGGUGGCUGCCGCCAACGGUCUGCUGGCCUGGAGCCGAGCGGCCGCCAGUCAGCAGCAGGCGCAGGCCGUCCUGAUGCAGGGUUAAUCGCGCCAGGGAAAACCACCGGAACCACCGCCCCCAAAACCGCUGACCCCCAGUGGAUGGGCUGCCCCCCUUGUCAUUGGGCUCACGUUGCCCCCGACGACACACAAAACGCAAAAAAUGCAAAUGAAAAAUGGUCUCUUCUUAUUUACUCUGCAUUGAAUUGUGCACCUUAAACACGUAACGGUAUCUCUUUUGUUGUUGUGCAGGUGUUUGCCAACUGCCGUGCAAAUGUUGCUGACAUUUGCGCCCGGGCAACAUUUGCAAUCUACAAUAAUCUAAUUAUUAUUAUUAUUAUUAUUAUUAUAUUAUUAUUAUUAUUAUUAUUAUUAUUACUAUUAUUACAGUGCGUAAAUAUACAUAUACAUAUUUAUUUCUAAAAUGACUUUGUUAAUUCUUAUGUUAAAAAGCAAAAGCAGCAGUUGGCACAUUUUUAUAUAUACAAACAAACAAAGCAAACAAAAACAAACAGUUAAAAUACGUAUGCCAGCUGUUUUACAUAAAACAUAACAAAAAAAUGCAAAAGAAAAAACAGCAAAAAACAAUUCAAACAUAAACAACAACAACAACAACAAACAAACAAAUGAAAGAAAACAAAGGAAAACCAUAUUUAAAGCAAAUAUACAUUUGAUUUUUUUUAGUUGUAAGAACUCUAGUAAAUUUUUUUCUAGUAUUAAGUGCAACUUCUGUUCUACUUCUCGCUCUAAACAAAGAAAACAAAACGAAAUGAAAUGAAAUGAAAUGAAAACGACAAACCAACUCAACUCAAACAAACAAAUCAAAAUGAAACUAUAAAGAUAAAGCAGAAUAUUCAAAACGAAAACCUAAAGAUAUGCAUAUUAAAUAUUCAAGGCGUUGCAUCUACACAUUUAAAAUAGGCAUAAACAAAAAAUAGUUAAAUUAAUUGCAUAAUCACGUGUAACUCAAAUCCAAGAACCGUUUAAAACAAUUUGUAAGUGUGUGUUAAGCGCUAAGAGUUAAGUAUUAAUCGACUUCAUGCAUACGAGCGGCAAUAGAUGGACACACAGCAAAAUAAUCUAGUUAAUUAAGCACCCAGCCACCAAACACCCACCACCACCACCCAAGAGCCCGAAACUCUCAACAUCUAUAGAACAAUUACCCCCAACCCGAACCCAAGACCACGCUAAUGUAAAAUAUAGACAUACGAGCAACUUAAACUUAAAUGUAGUGAAUUUUAAAAAACAAAAACAAACAAACCAAGCAAGCAAACAAACAAACAAACAACAGAGACAGGCCGACAGACAAACAGACAGUUGGAUUGUGGUAGAUUCUAAUCCUUAUAAAAAUGAGAAAAGGGAACCGUCAAAAUUUCUAUUGGAGCCAGAAGGAAAACACUUUCAAAACAUGUUCAAAUUUUUAAUACAUUGUUAAGUUGAUAUUUUCUAAAACACACAAAAACGAAAAAUGAGCUAAAUUCGUAUAUUGAUUAAUUUGUAAUGAACUUAUGACUAAAAACUAAGAUUUAAAAGAGAAAAACUAAAAAAACUUUUUGCGUUGUGCAGCUGUUGUGAAUUGUUCAAAUUACGGUAUACAUAUACAAACAAUGACGUCACAAAGGACCCAGCGAGGUUUGCGAGGAUAUAAGGGAAGAAGAGUUAUACAGCCUAUCCAAGGAUGGCCAGAGAUUGAGAUUGAGGAGCAGGAGAACUUACGGAUGAAGAAAUGAAAAUACACAAGGAAUUCUUAACCAAAUUGGAAGUACAAACUAAAGUCUAGAAUAUGUAAAUAUAGAACCCCCAUACACACACACUUAAAGAGGAAAAGGACGAGGACGAGAGAAGUGCAAUGGGAUAACGAAUCCAAGUCGGAACCGAAAGAAUCGCGAUCGGAAAACAUAUAGUGGAUGGAUGGGCGAGAGGAAGGAUAAAUUGAGCUUACGCGGCAGCAGCUCAAAAACUUUUUUUUUGAAAAUCAAAAUGGGAAAGUUACAGAGGAGCGGGGAAAAUGAAUAGAAAAGAUAAGCGGGCGAAUGCAAAAACCGUAAGGAGAAAAAAAAACACGCAAGCGAAAAUUUCAUUGAAAUUGUUUGCCGUGAUUUGAAUGAAAUUCAUAAUGGUGGCCAUUUUUGUGUAAUGCGAAAAAGUU